AAUUUAGCAUAGAUAUGAUUGAUCUAUUUGGUGUCGAAGAAGUAUACAAUAAGGAAUAUGAAGUUGAAGACUGUCAUGUUUACAGGAAUUCUCCUAUGUGUACACCAUGUAAAAAGUGUAGUAAGUUAAUGCAUGCUGCUUUCAAUAAACUCAGACAAGAAUUAAUGAAAGAACUUGAGCCUAUAAUUGGGUCUAUAAUUGAUACUUAUACAAAAGAGAUAGAACAAAUAUAUGACUCUGCAAUCGAUGAUAUGUUCUCGGGUAGAAAACUUGUUUAUAAAUCCACGAUCAAGAACUCCGUCCUCUCUAAUGAUGCAUAA